AUGGGUUUCCCCGAUACUCCUGUUGAGCUUCCUAAUGGCAAGUUGGUCUGCGAGGAUCACGGCCUACAAAUCUGCCAUCAAUGCUGUUGUGACUACACCUUCCUGGACGACCAUUCUGAGCAGAGUUCAAGCAUCGAGGAGCCUUCCACAUGCAGCGACGAUGACCAAAACGAUCACUACCAAAUUGCUGAUUUAGCAGUCUCUAUCCUGGAAGGUGCAGCUGCCAGAUUCAACCUCAGUACUCAAGAUUCCACGUACUGCGAGGAGUGCGGACUCACCUGGAUGGCCGCAGUUCCUGGCUUCGCAGAUCCAGAGGACGUAUUCCAAGAUUGUCCUUUCCACGAUUCGCUUGGAGCAGACCAUGCCGAACGACGCACACUCUUCGUGCACAUUGAUGGUGCAUGCCCAGGCAAUGGCACCAAAUCCGCCAUCGGAGGCAUAGGCAUCUACUUCGGACCUUCUUCCCCCUACAACCACUCUUCAGUCAUCCACCGCAACAACGCUCAACCACCAACCAGCCAACAAGCCGAACUCACAGCCGCGACCCGCGCCCUCGAAAUCAUCCGCUCGCAAUGCAUACCCGCUCGUCGUGACCUAGUCAACACCGUCAUCCUCUGUGCCUGUCAUACCGAGUGCUGGGCAAGAUCAUUCCCCUUCCGCGUUGUCCUUGUCACUGAUUCCGCAUACCUCUUCGACUGCAUGACCUCGCACUUGAUGGUCUGGCGCUGGGAUCCAAAGAUACAAGUCUACACCAACAAGAAGAGCGGCAAGUCCAUUGUCAACUCAAAGCAUAUCCGAAAUGUUGUCAAGGAGGUCGAGAUGCUGGCAGAGAGAGGUGUGCAGGUCUUGUGGAAGAAGGUGCCUAGGGCUCUGAACCAGGAAGCUGAUCGUCUUGCAAAGAAUGGAGCCAAGAUGUAA